AUGCAAGCGAGCCGCGGGUCUUACAAACCGCUGGUUGACGAGGAACUUCAAACUUCAGGAGAUGCUCGCCCGAAAACAUUGUCAAAGCAGUCAUGGCUGAUGCAUGGAACACUGCUCCUGUUCUCUCUUUCCCUCUUCAUACUCAGUCUCAUGAUUGCUCCUGCUCCAAGCCCAUGUACUGAGAUGGCAUGGUCUCCGGUGGUUGACGCAGUGGAUGUGAAACCAACCCGAUACAAUGUCACCUUUGGGAUUCCGAGCAGAUACCCAUCUCGAUUCGUUGAUACACCAGGAGCAGAUGCCGUGGAUGCCGAAUGGGAACUAUUUACUAAGAAUCCUUUGCUCGACGGCCGUCAAGGAACGCUUGCUGUUGACCGUGAUACAGUCAAAAGGCUUCCCCUUGCGUCGAACCCCGAAUGGCUCAAUUCACUCAUCCCAGUCCGGGAUGGCGAUCAGGGGCAGAUAAAAUAUAUGGCCACUUUGGAGCUGUUUCACCAUUUACACUGCUUGAAUAUGUUACGCAAAGCGUCACAUUCGAACUAUUACAGCGAAGCCGACUUGAACAACCAAAUGCUGAGAGGGCAUCUAGAUCACUGCACGGAGACGCUACGCGAGGUCCUAAUGUGCAAUGCUGGGGUUGGACUAAUCAUGUUUCACUGGGUGGAGGGCCUCGAUGACCCGUAUCCAGACUAUAACACAUAUCACCAGUGCCGAGACUACGAUGCUGUCUUGGACUGGGCACUUAAAAACACGGUUCCCUUGAGGUCACCCGUGUCGAGGAAGCCGGAAGAUUACGCCACAAAUGAGCCUCUUUUCUAA